AUGUGUCGGAUCUGCCUGGAAACGGUUCUGCCCACAGUGGUCCCUCCCUCCGAAAACCUUCCAGACUUCCUCCAAGCUAAGCUGAGAGUCGUGUACGAGUCGUCCGAUCCGGAGCUCGGCCGACUUCUUCGUCCCUGCAAGUGCAAAGGGUCCUCGCGUUAUGUCCACGAGGGUUGCCUUCAGGCCUGGCGCCACGCCGAUCCCGGCUAUGGGAAGAGAAACUACUGGCAAUGUCCGACCUGUGGCUUUCAGUAUCGACUGGAUCGUCUGAAAUGGGCGCACUGGAUCGGUAGUACUCUCGCCCAGCUCGCCCUGACCGUGGUGAUCUUAAUUUGUACCGUAUUUCUGCUUGGUUUUGUUGCUGACCCGAUCCUAAACUAUUACCUCGACCCUGUGGGAGCCAUCUACUCGGACAUUUUGGAACCCGACCCGGUGUUGCCGGCCGACGAGACCUCUUCCUGGGUCGAGCAUUUUGCUAAAGGACUAGCCUCCCUAGGCGUAUUGUCGUUCAUCAAGGCCAUGUUUGCCCUUUCUCCCUGGAACUUUUUCAACACUCGAAGCUCUGUCGUCUUCGGCAAUGGCAGGACCACUGGCCGGAACCGAGUCGCCUCGAUCAGUUGGAUGGUCAUUUUGGUUGGCGUCGUCACGUUCCUCUGGACUGUAUUCAAAGGAGUACGGUCCUGGAGUGGGAGGACGCUGCAACAUGCUGGGGAACGCGUCAUGGAUGUCCCGCUGCCGGACGACGAAGAUGAGGAUGAUGCUACUUCAUCGACGGAAGAUCCGCAGCAACGUAAAAAGGAUGAUUGA